CAGCAGUAUCGGCUGCGCAUCCUAGCGAACAUCUCGAGCAUCUCCCCUCAACUUUUGUUCCACCAGUACCCUCCAAUUCUUCGAGCUUUGCCGACUCUUUGAAUCACACCUACCUCAUUCGCAAUCGAACGACGAACCGGACCAAAAAAUAAUACCAAAAUGGCCCCCAAACGCAGCGUCUCUUCCCAAAGAGCAGCCGCCGCUGCCUCUGAACCCGCCCACCUCCCCUCCUCGCCCGCAGGACCGACUGCCGCCGCGGCGAUCCCAGGCACCAUGACCUCGCAGCCCAAGGCCGGCCCCAAGGGCGUGUCUUCCGGCGCCCAGAACUGGGACCAGGUCCUCACUAACAUCUACAACCACUACGUCAAGAACACGCCGCAACGCACAAAGCUGAUUGACGCCUUCAUGGCCUUCCUGGUUGUUGUUGGUGGGCUGCAAUUCUUGUACUGCGUUAUUGCUGGCAACUUUCCUUUCAACGCCUUCCUCUCUGGCUUCUCUGCUACCGUUGGGCAAUUUGUCCUCACUGCUUCCUUGCGCAUCCAGACCACCGAGGCCAACAAGUCUGAUUUCCCCUCCGUAUCACCUGAGAGAGCGUUCGCCGAUUACGUCGCAUGCAGCUUGAUCCUUCACUUCUUCUGCGUCAACUUCAUAAACUAAGUCUCCGCUCAGGGGUUGCAGGCACGAUGUUUAAAUGAAUAAAAAAAGGGAUGGGUUUCUCAAGUUAAGGCCUGAGUACAAUGCAGAGAGUUAGACAUGUUCGGUACACUAUCGAAGCCAUGCCCGAACCCAAUGGGCAGCAGCAGCAGCAGCAGCAGCACGCGGGACGAAUCAAGCCAAUGUACAUUAUACAAGCAGGCGUUGUAUCAUCAGCA